AUGAAAUUGAUUUCUGCACAAGAGGUAGAAAAACACAAUAAAAAGGAAGAUUGCUGGGUAAUUAUUCAUGGAAAAGUCUAUGAUCUUACCGCUUUUCUUCCCGAGCAUCCUGGCGGACAAAAUGUUAUUCUUAAACAAGCCGGUAAAGAUGCUACCGCCGCAUUUGAUCAGAUUCAUCCGAGAGAUAUUAUCGAUCAAUAUCUUUCACCUGAAGUGUGUCUUGGCUCUGUUGACCCGGCGACAGUCGUUCAAACCGUCAAAGUAGAAACGGAAGAGGAGAAACUUCGUCGUAAAGUCAACGAAAAGAAACCAUCAUUAAUUGAAAUGCUUAAUGCAUAUGAUUUUGAGGCAGUUGCUUCGCAGGUAUUAACUGCAGAAGCCUGGGCUUAUUACAGUUCUGGAUCUGACGAUGAAAUUACAUUGCGCGAAAAUCAGAACGCGUUUCAUCGUAUUUGGCUACGACCAAGAGUAAUGAUCGACGUAACAAAUGUUGAUAUGAGCACGAAAUUACUUGGUUAUGAUUCCUCAUUUCCAGUCUAUAUUUCGGCCACUGCAUUAGGGAAAUUAGGUCAUCCUGAAGGGGAAGUUGUAUUAACUCGAGCCGCAAACACACAGAAGAUUGUUCAAAUGUUACCAACGUUAGCAUCUUGUUCACUUGGCGAGAUGACGAACGCACGUGGAAAAGAUCAAAUCCAAUUCUUUCAAUUAUACGUAAAUCGUGAUCGUGCAGUCACGGAACGAGUAGUGAGAUCUGCCGAGGAAAAAGGAUGUAAAGCAUUAUUUAUCACAGUUGAUGCGCCACAAUUGGGUAAACGCGAAAAAGAUAUGCGAGUUAAAUUUAUUGCUGAUCCACCAGAUAUACAAGAUGAAAAAUCUGUAAGACGUAAUUUAGGUGCAGCAUACGCAAUAUCAGCUUUUAUUGAUACAGCUCUGAAUUGGAACGAUUUGGAAUGGUUUAAAUCAAUUACUUCUAUGCCGAUUCUAUUAAAAGGAAUUCAAACAGCAGAAGAUGCAGUUUUGGCUGCUAGACAUGGAUGUGCUGGUAUUGUGGUCUCCAAUCAUGGAGGUCGUCAAUUAGAUUUUGGUCGAUCAGGAAUCGAAAUACUCCCCGAAGUUGUGCAUGCAUUAAAAAACGCGGGUUACGAGGGUAAACUAGAGAUUUAUGUGGAUGGUGGGGUACGUCGAGGCUCUGAUAUAUUUAAAGCGAUUGCAUUAGGUGCCAAAGCUGUUGGAAUUGGUCGACCCUCGUUAUAUGCGAUGUCUGCUUACGGACAACCAGGCGUUGAGAGAUUACUGCAAUUACUGAAGGAUGAAUUGGAGAUGACAAUGCGUCUUGCCGGUGCCAAAUCUUUGGCGGAUAUUCGACCAGAGAUGGUUGAUAUUCGAAAUCUUCAUGAUCAUGUGUUUACACCCAAAAAUUAUUUGAUGUCUAAUGUGUAUGAUAGGUUGACUCCAAGGAAAGCAAAGUUGUAA